AAUAAAAAAGGUUUACUCCGUUCGAUUGUUUUCGGGGGUAAGGGGGACAGGGAGAACGCGUAUCCGACGCGUAGCCACCGGCCCCUAACACCGGUUGAAUUCGCGAUUACUCUGCCUCCAUAAGUUCUGAUUUUGAGCCGCUCCCAAGUGCGGCAAUACCCUGAUCUCUAAGUAUUCCUCCAAGAAACGACGAGACUGAUACUUAAUGCAUGUGAACAGCUCGCGUACGCGAACAGCCGCUAACUCAGACAAUCCAUUUUAUUUAUGGAACAUGGCAGCAUUAUGUAAAUUUACCCUAGUGAUUAGCGUAACAGCGAGGGACCCAACGUACUCAGCGGGGUUUCGCAACACUUGAGGCGACGAUAUCGUGAUAUUCCGCACAUCUCAGAGUGGGAAAAGAGGAUAAGAAACGUCACCGUCAAUCCACCCCCCUCGAUAAUGCUAGGUGGAGGACUCUACCUACUACGUAGCAUACAGGCCGAAGUAAUCUGAGUUCCUCUCCUUCAAUCGCUGUCGUCGGAACUCCCGUCGUUGCCGUCGCAUACUAUGAACGAGUUUGAUUUUAUCAUCGUCGGGGCUGGGCUCUCUGGAAUCGACGCCGCGUACCGCCUGAAAACACGGUUGCCAGGAUGCGCAUACGUCAUCCUCGAGGCGCGAGACGAGAUCGGCGGCACUUGGUCCUUCUUUCGCUUCCCUGGGAUCAGGUCCGACUCCGACCUCACCUUAUUUGGCCUUCCGUGGCGGCCGUGGAUACAUGAGAAGAGCAUGGCCGAUGGCCACCUCAUCCGGGAGUACAUCGAGGACGCGGCGCGGGCGGAGGGCAUCGACAAGAAGAUCUGGUUCGGGCACCGCGUUACCGGAAUGAGUUGGUCAUCCGAGGAGCAGCGCUGGACUCUGGCUGUCCGCGCGGGUGAUGUUAUCAAGCAAUUCGGAGCGAAAUUCGUGCUCUCCUGCUCCGGAUACUACGACUACACCAAACCCCUGCAGGCCGACAUACCAGGCAUAGACAAAUUUCAGGGCACCGUCGCCCACCCGCAAUUCUGGCCGCCUGAUCUCGAUUACACGAACAAAAAGGUCAUUAUCAUCGGAUCUGGCGCCACCGCGAUUACCAUGCUGCCAGCUAUGGCCGAAGUGGCAAGCCGCGUCACAAUGCUCCAACGGAGCCCCUCCUACGUCUUCAGCCUUCCCUCGGUUGACUCGGUCCAUGCAUGGCUCAUGGCUCAUCUGCCAGAACGGAUCGCUCACUCAAUCAACUGGUGGCGGUGUCUCAUCCAGGAGCAUAUCUUCGUCUUCUUCAACCUGUUAUUUCCGGUCCCGGCCAGGAAGCUUCUCAUGUAUUUGAUGCAGAGGCAACUGCCGGGCACCGUUCCCGUCAGCGUCCACUUCAAUCCGAGAUAUAACCCGUUCGAGCAGCGGUUGUGUCUGUGCCCGGACGGAAACUUCUUCAAUGCCCUGCACCGCGACAACUGUGACGUCGUCACCGACCAGAUCGAGACGGUGACGGCGGAUGGCAUCCUAACCAAGUCGGGAGCGGAGCUGGAGGCGGAUAUAAUUGUGACAGCGACCGGCCUUUACCUGCAUCUUCUUGGAGGCGUUACUCCCGUCGUUGACGGACGGGCGGUCGACGUAGGGACCUGCUAUGCCUGGCGUGGCGUCAUGCUCUCCGGUGUACCGAAUGCAGGGGCCGUGAUAGGGUAUACCCUAGGCACCUGGACGCUCGGGGCCGACGCCAGCGUCAAGCUGCUCAUCAAGAUCUGGAAGUACAUGAAGAAGAUCGGCGCUACGUCGGUCACGCCGACUCGGGACCAGGACGACGCGACGCCGUCCCAACCGGUCCUGUCUCAUAGUUCCACCUACUUCGUUGCCGCACGAGAUCGACUGCCCAGGGUCACGGGCGAAUCGCCGUGGUACGGGCGUAAAAACGUGCUCUACGAUCACCUAAAGUUAUGGUUCGGGAGUCUCACGAAAGGGAUGGAAUAUACCAUCCCGUCGCGGAAGGACCAAUAGAUGUAAGUACCUAGGGGUUUCAUGCUAAACACAACGACAGCGAGUCUUGGAUACCUACCUACCUUCCGUUGAGGCUGGUUCAGUAUAUGGAAUGUUGGUGUGGACUACGUUCCCC